AUGUUUUUUCCUGUUUAUACACCUCUAAAACUGACACCAUUCGGGCAUCCCUUUUGCUACCACUCCAUAAACUCUAUGAAAGUGGAGUGGAGAAGGGGCUUACUCCACUCCACUCCACCCAUUAAGAGCACUGGCUCCACUUGCGACUACAGCUUUGACAUUGUCGCUAACGGCAAGACCGAGCAUUGCACCAUCGUCAACGCUAGCAACAAGUCCUUUAACAACGAGAAGUGUGCUAACGGUGACUACACCGUCAGCUGGAGAUACGUUGCUAACUCUGCUCCUGCCUUUGCUGUCAUCACUGUUGUUAACAAGCAGAACGAGCUUGCUUGGUUCGGUGCCAGCAAUGUUGACAGCCAGCGCAACUGGGGCAACCUUGGUCCCGAACAGGUCUACACCUACAACUAA